UUGUAUUCGUGCGUCCCUUUUCACGAAACGAAUGCUACCUCUCCAUUGCUGGCUUUACGUCAGAACGAGCGAACGAGCAAGACAAAGUCGUGUACAGAAGAAAAUUUCUUUCCUUUCGAAUUUAAAUCACACAGAAUGAGUGUAGUAUUAGUUAUUUCGUUCGUGUAGAUUAUCAAAUUGAAAUUUGCAACUUUUCACUCUAACAUUGUUAUUAUUGUUUGUUUUGAAAACACAACAUCAACAAAAAAAAAACAAAGUUGGCCUUUCCCCGCUUUAGUGAAGCUAAAUUAAUGUACAUGAAAUGUCACAAAUAGUGAAAAAAGAUUCGUCGAAUUCAUAAAAAGUGGAACGUGGAAUCUACGAGAUUCGAUGAAAGCUGCAAAUCGCCUUAUUUUUAUAUAAUUUUUUUGUAGCGAAGAAAAAAACGUCAGUUCGUGGCACAUCAGUUGCAGCGCCAAUUGUAAUAUAGCAACACAAUAAACACCCGCUCUCUCGAAAACAAAACACAUCACACCACAAAUGAUGGAACGCAAGAAGGUAUUGGAACUGGACAAAAUCUGCCGUGUCUGUAUAUGCGAACGCAAAGAUAUGAGACCACUUUUUAGUGAAAAGGUUGCAGAAAUGUUAAUGGAAUGCGCCAGCGUUACUGUGGAACCAACCGAAGGUUGGCCAGAUAAAAUCUGCGUGCAAUGUGUACAUGCGGUCUCACGUUGCCAUGCAUUUAAAAUGCAAGUGGAACGCAGUGAUAAAGAGCUAAGGGAAUAUAUCAAAUCCAUAACAGUGCGGGUGGUAAUUGAUGAGAAGCCUCAAAUAGAGAGUCCUAUGAGAGUGCAGCAGACGACGACGCGUGUUGUUUUGGAUGAAAUUCAGGGUUUGAAGCUACAGCAGAGUCAGGCAAAACUAGUGGAAUUGCAACAACAACAGCAGCUGUUGUUGCAGCAGCAACAGGAGCAACAACUUUUGAAGCAACAAAGACAGCAAAAAACUUUGCAAAAGCAAUUAAAACAGCAGCAGGAUUUGAGGCAACAGCAACAGCAGCAGCAACAACAACAGCAGCAGCAGCAACAACAACAGCAACAGCAAAUUUUAUUGCAACAGACCGUUAAACGAAAAUCUCCAUUAAAGAGACUCCAGCCUUUGACCAAGAAAUCCAUCCAGAACCAACAGUCCAUGCAGAACUCACAUCAGGCGCAGCAGUCUAAUCAACAGCAGCAGCAGCAGCAACAGCUGCAGCAAACACAACAACAAACUACAACACAAACGCAGCAAAUUCAACAUUUACUCCCCCCGCCUACCAUCAAUGAGGCAGUUAGCCUACAAAAUCGUUUACAAAAUCCUCAAUCACUACUCAAUGCGCCGCCACAACUGAUGCCAAUUUCCUCAAACACUACAAAUGUGGCAAAUAAUACAACGACAACCAUGCCCCAACAAAUAGUCUUGCCCAAUGGACAGAUCAUAACCACCACUCAGAUUUUGACCACGAAUGGCAAUGGAGGCCCGCCCCAGCUGGCCCAAAUAAUAAGCAGCCCCAAUACACAAACGAAUCAAAUUGCUCAAACCCAGACCCAAUUUACCCCCCAGCUUAUACAGACCACCAGUGGUCAGACGCUGCAGUUGAUACAACAACCCAAUGGGCAAUCGAUUCUUCAGUUGGUACAUAUUCUACCCCAGCGCACCUCCGGACAUGGAAUGAAUAGCAAUACUCAUACAGCGGCCAUUUUGGAAGAGGAUCAGCUGACCAUGGUCGACGAGGAUGCUCUAAUGGAACAAUCGGAGCAACAUUUGAUUGACGAUGAUGAGGACGAACAAGAUGGUACUCUGGACGAUCAUCAUCAGGCCACUGGCCAUAGUCUGCAGCAUCACAAUGGGCGCGAACAAAUCUGUGAGACCAUUGUGGUGGAAGAUGAGCAACUGCAGAUCCAGCACCAUCAAUUGUUGCAGCAAAAUGUCGAAUUGGAAUAUCUGGAUGAUGUUACUGUGACCACUUCGCAGCAACAGCAACAUCAUCAGCAAGAGUUGAUAUUACCCGAUGUCACCGUGGUCCAGCAUGUCAUGGAUGACGAGGAGGAGUUCGAGGACAACGAUGAGGAUAUCAUCGAAGAAAUCCACAUGGAAGAAGAAAUUCUGGACGAUGACGGCACCAUGCUACUGGAGAACUCCAAUGGCUCGGAAUUUAUUACCGAACAAGAUGUGGAGGACCAUCAUCAGAUUCUGCACAGCGAUGAGCAUGAGUACAACGAUGAUAAUUCACUAACCCAUUACACUGUGGUGGAUGGUUGCAUAAGUGCAGAUGGGGUCGAUGUGGAUGAUGUCGAUGCUCUGGAAGAGGCUGAGGUUAAUGCUGUCUUUCAGGCGGCAUGUGAUGCCAACGAAAACGAAAGACAACAGCAGAAUAUGCACAACAAUAAGCUGCAGACGUCGGCCUCCAGCACAAGCCUGAGCUCGAAUACAAACUACUCGACGACGUCCAUGGCCAAAAAACAGCGUCGUUCAAAUACCAGCUCCAGCAGAUCGAUUGCCAACACCCGCCAAUUACAGGCCACCGCCAGCUCCAUAGCUCAGGCGGCCCAAGAUGAUGAUUUCGAGAUUGAUUCCAAGCUCAUAGCCGAUUUCAUCAAUCAGCAGACCACGGUCUUGGGCUCGGGUCGCUACAAGUGCAAUUUGUGCCAGCAGGAGUUCAAGCAGUUCAAGGGCUUGCAAAAUCACAUGCACCUACACUCGAAUUGGAUAAGGGCGAAUUGCAAGAAGCAACCACAAUGCGAGAUCUGUCAAAAGAAGUUCAAGGGUCCCGGCAUGCUGAGGAUGCACAUGAAGACCCAUCAAUCGGCCAGCAAAGUGCCCACCUGUCACAUAUGCAACAAGACCUUCAAAUCGAAGGCCAUUCUCUAUCGACAUCGCCAGACACACCAGCAGCGUUCCUACUGCUGUGCCGUGGAAAAUUGUCGAAAACAUUUCUCCACCGCCUUGACCCUUAGAUCUCAUAUUGAACGCAAACACCCGAACACUUCGAAUAUACCCAAGUACAAAUGUGGAGAGUGCAAUGAUGUCUUCUACGACAUUUAUGGCCUGGAGGAACAUUUGCAAAAAACAGGGCAUGGUGGUGACAAUCUCUCCUCGACAGUCUCCAGCAGCGGCGUCAGCUCACAUGUUACACAUGCUCAAUCGUCCACUCAGAAUUUAAGUAUAACCAAUGUACAAAGCAACAACUCCCACUUGCCCACGGUCACCAUGACUGAGGUGGUCGGUAACAAUGGGGACGUGUAUAUAGUUACGCAGGCGUAGUUUUAAUUUUCCCCUACCCAUUGAUUUUUUAAAGAUUAGAUGAAAGUUAUGUAUUUUUUAUUACCCUCCCCCAAUGUCAGUUUCGAAUCCCAUCAAAUACCCCACUAUGGUUUUAUUGAAGUUUGUUAAAGCUUUUCCAAAAAGUUGUAAGCAAAAGUAUUUCUUUUCUUUUUUAUCAAUCGAGACGAAGGAAAAAUAUCGAUUGCCAAUCAUUUAGCCUCAUUUCAUUUUGCCUUGCUCCCUCCCCCAUCCAUUUAGACACAUAUGUAUGCAUACAAUUGUACGUAAUAUACAAAUAUAUAUAUAUAUAUAUAUAUAUAUAUUUUUAAGAAACAAGAAGAAGAGUGAGUUUACCAAUUUAGAAGCGGUAUUCAUAGUUUUUUAGUAUAGCUAACCUAAACACCAUAACACGGAAUGUAAUGUAUGUUUGUACAUUUUUUGGCAAUAAAUCUUAAAUAUAUUUAACAACUUUUUUAUUACAAAA